AUGCCUUAUCAACGGCCUGUGACCUGCCUGAGCAACCAGCCCCAUGAUGGCCGCUCGAAUGCCGCGGUUCAUUUCAACGGCUGCCUGUCGGCUGCAAAACGGGACGUGUUUUUCGCCAACCUCCCACCAGAAAAACAAGAGAUGAUUACUCGCGCCAACGAGCAGACGGCCGAGUUCCGGAGCCGUCUCGAGACGACGGACCGACAUUCGACCGCGGGCACGAGACUUCAGGAGUUCAAACGAGCAAUGGGCCAGUGGACUUCUCUAAAUGGGCGCCCCAACGCCCAGUACACCAAAUCUCCGCGCCCGGGAUAUUCAAGGUCACAAACCCCCAAGAUGCCAGGUUUUGUCAGCGGGCGUCCGGUAAUCGACCACCAAAUCAAAGCGCCUGUUGUGUAUUUCCGGGACGGGCUGCCACAAGAUGCAGCAGAUCUCGACAACCAUUUCCCUGACCAGGGCUUUACCGUCGCAGAUUUGAUAGCAGACGAUCCGAACCUUAACCCGAUCAUGCAACCCGUGGAUCAAGACGUUAUCCGGUAUUUCCACCUCCCCGCGAACAACAUGUCGUGGGUCGAAGAGAUCAUCGCGCGCUACUACGGCGAGCAACGACCGAGUCCAGACAGACUCUCUCAUGAUGGCGAGUUUCGAAGGGUCAACUCCAAGACUGAAGCCAUCCUCAAGCCGAGCUACUGGUAUGGGCAACGGCAUUUCGAUGCUUCCUCGCAAGUCCAUGCACGGCAUAUGCGGCCAUUUUGCGCUGGCAUCCCCAGCAGCAACACGCGAGGGUCGAUCCAUCAGAAUAUGGUCUUGUACAUGCCAUAUCUGCAUUGGGAAACCGACCGUGGGCGCGUUCGAUCCGCUGAAGUCGCCAAAGAAGCCAGCAAACAAAAUCUGCAUUCCGUCGCAGACGUUAUCGAGCAAGCCCAAAACCGGCUGGGACGUACCGACACCCACCAGACAUUAACAAUGCCGGCUGCGCCUCCACCCGAACGAUCUACCAAUCGACUUGGCAAUGUUGAUCGACGCACAGCUGUCGGCCAAGUCUUCCGUACGGCCGCCGCGUUGAUGGAGGCUAUGGAUUCACACGUGGAUGAGCAAUUCACUAUGAGAUAUCUACACGAAAACCCCCCGCUUCACCCGCGGAGAACACUCGACCAGGCGUACUAUGGUGCGCUCCGGAGCACCGGUACACGAGACAGAGAUCAAGUCGUGUAUCGAGGAACGGCCCCAAAGCCGCACAAGUGUUUGCUGCCCGGGAAAUGUCAGCAGUGCAACGAGGAUGUCUGCAAGACUGCUCGGCUUCUUAUGGUCGACCAGCUGUGGAUGUGGGUGCUUGAUGAGCAGACGGUACUCGCCUGCUUCCCCCGAAGUUGGGGCGGAAACCGACCAGAUAACUCCGACAUCCAGAAGUGUCUGGAAAGGCGGUUUUGUCACUUGGAUCAUGGGGGGGUUUCGUCUGCGUAUGAUCUCGCCUCCAUCAUCAUUGACGAGGUUUCGCGCGUAUUCUUCGACUGCACCAAGAUCAACACCAAACAACCAAAUCCCGUUGAGCUUUUCAACGCCGCCAUUAAUGACCUCACCUACAAACAGACUGCGGCGUUUGACCAGUUCCUUAUUUACACCAAUCUAGCCUCCCGAGAUUACAAGCGAGAGCGCCAUACGGCCUCAGACGGAUCUUCACAAAACCAACUGCUGAACAUCAAUCCGGAGGGUGAGCUACUUAAGGAGGUGAAAGACAUCAUCGACGAACUUCACAUCAUCCGUAGCAUAAAAGAGCAGCAGCAGACAGUCCUGGACUGCUAUGUCAAACACGUCCGGCGCUCCCUAGCUCCUGCGAUCCGCGCACAUCAGACGGCUGCGGCUCAUGGCUCAUCUCCUUGGUAUUUCCCCCCUGAUGCUUUUACCGACAGAACCAACCCAGAUUCUAGGGUGACAGCCCAUUUUCAGAACGCCCAAUACACACUCACCAAUGCGGAAAUGCUGCUCCAAGACCAUUCCCAGCGAAUAUCGGAACUGCAUACCUUGGACAGCAACGCCCGCAACACAUCUACAGCACUCAAAGACCUCCUCACCCUCAAACAACAACAAGCCGGCGUAAUCGAAGCCCGCGAAGCCGUCAAACAAGCCAAUCUCACCUUCAAUCAAAGCCGCUCUAUCAUGAUCUUCACCAUCGUCACCAUCAUCUUCCUCCCGCUCUCCUUCUGCGCCUCCGUCUUCGGCAUGAACGCAGCCGAGUUCAACGACGGCCACCUUACCCUCUCUGAGCUCCUCCGCCUCAUGUUCCCCAUCUCCACGGGCAUCAUCGUCGUUUCCUUCCUGCUCGCCUUCUCCCGCACGUUAAUGACGAAUAGUGUUGUGUUGCUGCUGCGGAGUGUGACGAGUUAUGCGUGGAAUACGACGAGUACGUGGUUGGCGGUUAAGACGGGGAUGUAUGUGGCUGGGAGGGAGAUGAGGGCGAGGGCGAAUCGGUUGAGGGAGAGGGAGGGAACGGUUACGGGGGCGAUGAGAGCGGAGGUGUUGAGGAGGGAGAAGAAUUUGGAGAAGUUGAAGGCGGCGAAUCAUGUGAAGGAUUUGGCGAUUAUAAGGCGGCAGAGGACGGAACGGGCCGCUGGGAAUGAGAGUAGUGAUGAUGGGGAAGGAGGGGAUGAUAGGAUGGGGCCGGCACCUUGGGGGGGUGGUGCUGCUUCUGCUGCUGCUACGGGACAUGCUAGGCCGUUUUUGAGGCCUGGUGGGGGGGAGAUGGUGGAUGUGGAGUUGGGGGAGAGGGCGAGGAAGUCGAGUUCGCAGAUGAAUCUUGUGCAGGGGAGGUGA